GUGCCCCCUAAUAUCCGUUAGGGGGCAGCAAUGUACACAAAGCAGUUAUUGUCAGCAGACUUUUACCAAGACGAAAAAUGUUCGUGAAACGUGUGUGUACCGAAUAACGUUAAAGUUAACGACAUUGUUGUUAGUCCUGUGGACCGCUGUCAGAGGCCACCAUGGAGCCGGUGUGGGAGGACCCUCCAGUGACUGAAGGUCUUUUCUUUACCAGAGAUGUUUAUGACAAAUAUUCCCUUGCACCUCAUAUCAGAGACUUAUGGGCCUUUCUCCAAGGUCCUGUAGAGAAUGCCAAAACCAAACAGGAGUGUGAUGAUGGGGCUGCAAAAGCCUCCUGCUCUUCUUCGACAGAAGAAGCUACAGAGUUUAAAGACAACAGUUGCGUCAGCAGCCAAGUAUCCUGCUGGGACAGCUGUGAUAGUGAGGAUUCAUGUGCAGACAAAGCUGAUGAAAGCACAGAAGACUUUGAGGAUACCAAAAAAUCAGAAGCAGAGCUGAAGCAGAUUAAGAAUGAUGCUGCCUUUCCUGAACCCAGGAUGCCUUAUCCCUGCCUGUCCAAGGUUUCUAGCAAACAACAGGAGGCAUAUCUUGGUUUUUUAAUGAGUAAGAAAACCAGGGUUCCUCCACAGGUCUUAAGUGCACGAGUGAACAAUGAAGUGAUGCACUUCAUGAACUACCUCCAAGAUGUGGCUUCAAUGUGCGCUGAUGACUACAACUUCAUAUCACAAGGGGCUAUGCAGUAUUCAGAGAAUUUCCUCAGGAGCUGUUUGGAGUGCAUUAGGACACUUCCCCAGUUCUACCAGAUCCAUGAGAUGACCAGUUUAACAGGAGGGACAUUCAAUCCAGGGCUGAUGCUGACCUUUGAAAAACAGCUGCUGACUUUGGGCAGUGUUAAUAUUACAGACCACAAGAUAGUGCCUGAUGAUGCACAACUUGCAUCGGAUUAUCAGAGUGUUUCAUCAGAGAAUCCUCCAGCUAAAAAGGCUAAGGACAUGCAUGCUACUAUCAGUGAUGAUGGGAAUGCUGAGAAGCUGUGUGCUUGUUAUGAGCCUCAUGUCUGUUUGACUCGAGAUGCUUUGGUCAGGCUGCUGGACAACCAUGGCCCUGACUUUGUGGAGCAAUGGGAACUUCCCGUUUGGGUAAAAUUAAACCCAGGAAAAGUCAGUAGUCACAAGAAGACUGUGUACAUAGACUCACCCCUCCUGAAGACUGAAAUGACAGUGAGAGAAAGGAGUCAUAUCUACCAUGAAGAGAGUUUGAAGCGGUCCAUCAAGAAUGAUGGAAGUAGAAAUGUGUUCCAUUUGAUGACAGAGCUUCCUGUAAAUGAGCAGAAACUUUCACCGAAAACCUCCCAGAGAAACGUAGUUUCUGUGGAAAGCAGUUGUGUAGAUUUUGAGAUGGACCUCACUGACCUGGAGACGUUUGGAGAGACAUCACAGUGUAAGAAGAUCCAGAGUGAACAGGACGGAUAUGUUAAAGGUCAAAAAGAUACAAGUUCUCCACUUUCAAAUAAGAUUAAAACAUUGAGUGAGCAUUGUGUUCCUGUUAGUAGCAUUUCACAAGAAGAGAUGAGCAGCUCCUCAACAAAAACAAAUGAUCCUAGAUCAGAGCCAGCACAGCAGGUUUUGAGUGAGCCUAUUCAACCAGUGACUGAGCAAACGAGACGAGACCCUGCCCUGCAAAGCGAUGAGGACCUAGCUUUUAUAGAGGACUCGGAUGAUGAGAAACUGGUCAUUGAUGAUUCGGUGUCUCCAGUGAACACUGGCCCAAAACACAGUAAAACUCAAACUACAACAUGCUCCCCAGUUGUCCCUACUUCUGAGUCCACCCCAGUAAGUUCAAAUACAUCUACCCCACAAAAGGCUACAAGGGGCAAGCGGCAACCCAAAAGAGCAAAGGACUCUGGGGACCAACUAAGUGAGAUCCUGCGCAUGCAGACAGCCAUGUUCAAGUCUGCCAACGAAAUAGCCAAAUGCUCCGCCAAGUCACCCACACCAUGUUUAGCACCAUCAGUUCACUCUCAUUCAACAUCCCUGGUUAAGCCUUGUGUGUCUUCAUUUUUGGAGAGGAACCAGAACAAGGAUGGUGAAACCUGUGUUGUUCCCCACCAGUCUUCAGCCAACACUAACGAGCACAAAAAGCUGCUUUCACAAGAUCUGCAGGCGACUACAGAAGAUGAACAAGAUUACGAGGCUCCUGUUGAGGGCAACCUGUUCUAUAAGCUCUACAGUCUGCAAGACUUGUUACUCAUGGUGCGCAGCUCUGUCUCUCUGACCCAUACGAGAAAAGUAGGCAGCAGCCAAAACCAGUUUGUACCAGUGCAUGUCAUUCCUAAGCUGGAGUACCAGUUGUGUUAUGGUGUUGAGUGCCUAACCAGCAGUGAGGUAUGCCAGCUGUGGACAGAGACAUUGCUGCACUCCAGCACAGUAUCUUACGUAGCUCACAUCAAUGCGUACACAUCAAAAGUAGCUCUGCUGAGAAAGCUGCCUGAUGACUGGAAGCAGAACAUCUCCUGUGGGUUCAAGCUUUCCAAGUCAUUAAAUAUACUCCACCACCUACUGAAAAAACUUGCUGGGUUAGAGGAAGGACGGUACCUGAUUGCACAUAAAUCAGGGGAACCAUUUGUGACCAUACUCAAAGCAGAAAAUGGACAAGUGAGUCGAGGGGCAUAUAACCUGCAUCAGGUCCACAGCUCUGUUCCACAACCCCCGGCCUCUGGCUUUGUGCCUUGGAUACCUGUUGAUCCAGCUGUGGUCCUGCCCUUCCACCUGCAACAUGGCAGGGUCCCCUGCACCUUUCCACCAACACCUAUUCUGAAGAAAACACAGCAUGGAUCUCACUGCCAGGGAGCUGAGCAGUCGGAGAGCAACCCGAAUGGAGGAGGCAAAAAGAAGCACGUGCGAAAGAAACGUGCGGCCAAGCGUAAUGCAUAUAUUAAAAAGCUAAUUCAGAAAUCUGUUUAAAAUCCUUUGUUAAUGUAUUGUCAUAUAUCACGUCUUGGUUAGAUAAGACAGAGGAAGCUGCACAUGUAUGUCUAAGGAAAGGAAAGAAAAGUCCUUAAAUUACAUAUGUGGAUGCUGAUGCACUUUUAUUGCAUAUAGUCUGUAUUUUUAUUUUUAUUCAAAGACAUGUCUGUAUAUUUUAUACUUUUUAAAAAAAUUUUGUA